GGUAGUGGGGAACCUGUUGAAAGUGGCCAAGUUAUGCAAUUUGAGUAUGAUCUAUCGUGGAAUGUGAAACAAAUAAAUAGUUUCAGGUUUUUGCCACUGUACACGGCGGAGUCCGUUGUAAUGGUUCCCAUGCGAAGGAGCUGAGCUGACGUGUCCCCUUUUUUCCAGUUUCCCGGUAGUGGUUUUACAAAAUGAAUGCUUUUAAACGCGAGAAAAAAGAGGAGGAAGAUGGUGGGGGAAACCAAUUCCAAAAUCUGGAGAAGACAACGGUUCUUCAGGAAGCUCGCACCUUCAAUGACACUCCAGUUAAUCCAAGAAAAUGCGCGCACAUUCUUACAAAAAUAUUGUACCUCUUAAACCAAGGAGAACAAUUGGGUACAAUGGAAGCUACCGACGUGUUCUUCGCUAUGACAAAAUUAUUUCAAUCCAGAGAUGUUGUACUGAGACGAUUGGUGUAUUUAGGUAUCAAGGAACUAAGUUCCGUUGCAGAAGAUGUAAUUAUAGUUACAUCUAGUCUGACAAAAGAUAUGACUGGAAAAGAAGAUUUAUAUAGAGCUGCUGCCAUAAGAGCAUUAUGCACUAUUACCGAUGGUGGGAUGUUGGCAGCUAUCGAACGUUACAUGAAACAAGCUAUUGUUGAUCGUUCUCCUGCUGUUUCUAGUGCAGCUUUAGUUUCUUCGUUGCACCUAACCAAUGUAUCUGGAGAUGUUGCACGUAGGUGGGCAAACGAAGCUCAAGAAGCAUUGUUUUCCAGUAAUGUCAUGGUUCGAUAUCAUGCUCUGGGUGUGUUGUAUCAAGCACGCAAAUCAGACAAACAUGCUGUAGUUAAAUUAUUUGGAAAACUUGUUAGAGCAAGUCAUAGAAGUCCUUAUGCCACGUGUAUGUUAAUCAGAAUGGGUCGUAAAUUGUUGCCAGACAUUGUCAGAGGAGAAGAUGAGAUAUUAAGUUUCUUCGCAGCUUGUUUGCGUCAUAAUUCAGAAAUGGUAGUAUACGAAGCAGCAUACACUUUAGUCAGUCUUGGAAGAGAUACUUCAAAAAUACAGGAUGCCAUUAGUGUCCUUCAGCUGUUCUGUGGGUCUCCUAAGCCAGUGUUAAGGUUUGCUGCCGUUAGAACCUUGAACAAAGUUGCCAUGACCCAUCCAGCAGCAGUUACAGCAUGCAAUUUAGAUUUAGAAAACUUAAUUACAGAUUCAAAUAGGUCAAUUGCUACGCUUGCAAUUACCACCCUUUUGAAAACCGGGGCAGAAAGUUCGGUGGAUCGUUUGAUGAAACAGAUCGCUACUUUUGUAUCAGAAAUUUCGGACGAAUUCAAAGUGGUAGUUGUACAAGCUAUAAGGGCUCUGUGUCAGAAGUUCCCUCGGAAACAUGCUGUUCUGAUGAACUUUCUUUCAGCCAUGUUGAGAGACGAAGGAGGGCUCGAAUAUAAAGCAGCGAUCGUGGAUACGAUAAUCGCCGUUAUGGAAGGAAACGCCGAAGCCAAGGAAGCGGGCUUGGCCCAUCUUUGCGAAUUCAUCGAAGACUGCGAACAUAUUUCCCUGGCGGUUCGCAUCCUUCACUUACUUGGCCAGGAGGGGCCAACUUCGAAACAACCAUCUAGAUAUAUUCGGUUCAUUUAUAAUCGGGUUAUCCUGGAAAGUGCCAGCGUACGCGCUGCAGCAGUCACCGCUUUGGCACGUUUCGCUGCAGCCUGCCCGCCAUUACUUCCAAAUGUGUUGGUUCUCUUAUCGCGCUGUCAAUUAGAUUCCGACGAUGAAGUUCGCGAUCGCGCAGCUUACUAUUGCACCAUACUUCAACAACAAAAUGAUCCAACUGUUUUACCUUUGGUACAACCCCCUCUUCUCUCUGUACCUAGCUUAGAGAGAGCAUUGAAAAAUUACAUGCGGACACCAAUGGACGAACCAUUCGAUAUCUCACAGAUACCACCGGCUCAAACGAUAGAGGAACCGACACAAGUGGAAAUACAAGCUACAGUGAAGCAACAACCUCGUUUAACGCGAGAAGAAAGUUUCAUGGAGAAAAUAUCACAGAUACCACAUUUGUCUAUGAUUGUACGCGAUUCAUCGUUCUUCAAAUCUUCGCCAGUCUUCGAAUUGACGGAAUCAGAAACGGAAUAUAACGUUAAAUGCGUGAAACAUACAUUUACGGAUCUUCUCGUGUUGCAAUUCGAUUGCGUAAACACUCUUUCCGACCAGUUACUCGAGGACGUGAGAGUAGCGGUUGAACCACCUAAAGGCUAUAGAAUCAUGUGCGAAGUUCCAUGUCCACGUUUACCAUACAAUGAGCCAGGCACAACUUAUACAGUAUUAAAAUAUCCAGAAGAUGUUCAUGCUAGCGUUGCUACUAUUCCUACCACUUUACGGUUUAUGGCUCGUGACUGCGAUCCUGCAACAGGUUUUCCAGAUGUUGAACUAGGAUAUAACGACGAAUAUAUGUUGGAAGAUUUGGAGGUGACAUUGGCAGAUCAAAUCCAAGGAAUGGGAAGCGGUGGAUUAGAUUUCGGUACUGCGUGGGAAGUAGCGGUUACAAAAGGAUACACCAAAUUGGAAGAAACAUUUGUAUUAGGACCAUCGGUCACUACUUUGGAAGGCGCGAUUCAAAGCUUGACAGGAUUUUUAGGCUUGGAGGCUGUAGAGCGAUCUAAUCGAGUACAAUCGGGGGCUACUUGGCAUCUUUUGUUACUUAGCGGCGUUUUUAGAGGAGGAAAAGAAGUUCUUGCUCGCGCAAGAUUAGCGUUAUCAGAUAGUCAAGUAACGAUGCAACUUUCUGUACUAUGUCAGGACCAAGAAGUUGCCGAACUAAUCGUUUCUUCGGUAGAAUAAAUUAUUUCCAAUAUGUCAACUACACGCGUAUCGUAUGUCAGACGAAUGAUUUCUUGUAUGAAAAUCGAUAAUCUAUCCGAAGAUCUUUUUAUUUUUAGUACUGUAAGCAUAAUGUUACAAAAAAGAUCAUUGGGAAACAGGGCUUUUUCAAAAUCCCUAUUUCUAUGUAAUACUUUGUACAUAUAAUUACAAAAUACUUCUUUAAAUAACA